AUUCAUGCCAUAGUUAUGGAUAACAAUGGCUUUUGGCGACUUGUUGUCAAAUGCUUGAAGGCCGCAAUACCCCUUUUAAAGGUGCUUCGCCUGGUUGAUUCUGAUACACCUCCAAUGGGAUUCAUUUUUCAAGAAAUGGAAAAAGCAAAAGAAGAAAUACAGAAAAAUUUCAAUAAUGUUCAAAAGAGUUACAAAGAGAUAUGGGAUAUUAUUGAUGAUCGAUGGGAAAUGCAACUUCAUAGGCCUUUGCAUGCUGCGGGAUACUAUUUGAACCCUUCUAUUCAUUAUGAUCCUUCUUUUGAUCCGGGUUCAGAUAUUAAAUUAGGACUAUAUACGUGUCUUCAACGAAUGGUUCCAGAAGUUAGUGAUAGGAAAAAGAUAGAUAUGCAACUUGAAAAAUUCAAACAAGCAAAGGGACUCUUUGGUAUUGAAGCUGCCAUACUAGCCAGAGAUACUAAACAGCCAGCUGAAUGGUGGGACUCAUAUGGAGAUGACUGUCCUGAAUUGAAAAAAUUUGCUAUAAGAAUAUUGAGCUUAACAUGUAGCUCAUCUGGUUGUGAAAGAAAUUGGAGUGCGUUUGAAAUGGUACAUUCAAAAAGGAGAAAUCGCUUACACCAGAAAAAAAUGAAUGACUUGGUCUUCGUUAUGUACAACUUGAAGAUAAAACAAAAAAGAGCUAAACCAUUGAGUACAAAAGAAGAAAUUGGUUUGGAGAAUUUGUCUUCUGAUGAUGAGUGGUUAGCAGCAGAUUCUGUAGAUUCAGAAAAUGAUAGUGCAGAUUUUGAUGAAGACAAUGAAGGUGAUGAUGAGGUUUCAAGAGUUGCUGCCAAAGGAAAAAGUGUGCUAGUUCAUGAUGUUAGUGAUGAAUUUCAUGAGAAUGAUGAUGGUUCUAAUGAUGAUGAUAGUGAUCGGCCCCCACCUGGAUUUGAGAGAGUUAGGGAUUUCGAUGAUUACGCCAUGGAUGUUAAUACUAGGAAGGAUAUAGAUGAUGAAAUGAGAUAUGACAAUGAUAGUGACUAGAUUAGAAGAACUUUA